AACACCAAUUUACCAUGUGACGCCCAGAGGACUCUUCGGACGACGUCUACUUACUUUUGCCCGGUGCGCCAAGCUGAACCGAAUAAUGGACCAAAAUCUCUUCCCCUCCGCAUUCCCGCGGUUGACUUCACAGCGCUCAGUGGCACAGGGCGAAAGCGCCUCCUCGAGUCGCAUUGUCCAUCCAUCGGCAAAUCCCUUUAGCCCCUUUGAGUUGUUUGAAUCAGGACCCUUCUAUUCUUUCGGCCUCCCCCCGAACGCGGCGCACACCCCGCACGAUCAAGCUUCUUCCGCCAACUUCCUUGAGCUGAUUCCUGGCACACAACAUGCAACCCUCAGCGGAACAUCAUUGCUUAACUUAGCGUCUGCCGAAUAUGAAAGUCAUCCGGCUACUGAAAAUACCUCCCAUAAUACUUUUGUGGACGCCGAACAAGACGCCGGGUUUUUCGCUGAUCUUUGGGAUAGCUGCCAGUGGGAACUUGGAGACACCUUCUCUACUGACCAGGACCCUGUCUCAUUCGAUCCAGCGCUCAAUGCUUUAGAGACGAAUGCCAGGGAUGUCUGUGCGUACGGCAACAUGGCCCUUGCGGCAAAUUCUCUGCCGGAGCAAAGAACGGGUCAUUGCGGACUUCCACGCCGGAGAAGCAGAUACUUUAUACGGGGAAAUCAAGAAAGAGCUAAUGGGGUUAUCCCUGCGACGAGUGUACAGCCCUCGUAUGCCUUAAUGCGGUGGCAACAGUCGCCUCCCGAAGACGAACCUGCCCCAAUCUCGACCGUGAAGGCUGCGGUUCAAAGCUCACUACUUUCUGCCCAUUCGCGUCAGGCCUUGGAAAUGGCCAGUGAUGAAAGGCUUCCCUCCGAGUCAGAUGCAAUAGACCCUUUCAUAUCAUAUCGGCGACCUCGGUCCCGAGCAACUUCAACAACAAGUGGCGAAAGCCAGACUAGUGCUUCUUCCCGCCACUCGUAUGAUUCAAGUGUAUCAAACAGUGCGAUCAAGAAAAGGCCACAGAGUCGAUCCAAAAAAAGUCGAUCAGGCAAUGGAAAAGGCAAGUCUUCGACAUCACGUACUCAGCGUCCGUUCUGUUGUACAUUCUGUUGUGAUACGUUCAAGACCAAAUAUGAUUGGAUGCGACACGAAAAAUCACUACACCUGAACCUUGAGAACUGGGUUUGCGCACCUUUUGGCGGUACCGUGGUUCUACAAUCAACCGGCCGGACUCAUUGCGCGUAUUGUAGUAUGUUGGAUCCUACAUUAGAGCAUCUGAUGGAACAUAAGCAUGGAGCAUGCGACGGGCAGCAGCGCAAGUUUCGACGCAAAGACCACCUUGUCCAACAUUUACGCUUCGUGCAUUGUCUUACGACAGUUCCUCUUCUUACUGACUGGAAGAUCGAAACAAAUGACUUUGACUCUCGCUGCGGUUUCUGCGAUCGUCGGUUUGGGACUUGGUCCGAACGUUGUGACCACCUCGCCCUACAUUUCCGACACGGGGCUACUAUGGCAGAGUGGAAAGGUGACCAUGGAUUUCCUGCUUCAAUCGCAUCCCAGGUGACCCGCGCCGUCCCGCCGUACUUGAUUGACCUCGAGUCGCGGACCUUGGUCCCUUUCUCUGCUACUAACAGGCAGGUUGAGGAUCACUUCUCUCAGAUGCUUUCACGCGCGAU